UCCUUCCGUUGGAGCUUCAAAACUCAACUGCUCACUAUUUUUCACCGCGAAAUUUCAACCAAACAGUCCCUAACCCGCAAAAAGAAAACCAAAAUCAAAACCAAAACCAAAACCAAAAUCAAACCUAAUCUUACUCGGUUCCUGAAACCUCCUUCACUCCCCAUCCGAUCCCAAAAAAGAAAGCAGAUCUCUAUAGAAGAAAAGAAAAGUCGUUGCGAGGCGGUGAUGUUUGUUCUCGAUCUGGAGUUGAAAUGAAAUGCAGCAGCCGCAGCCGAAUCUGUUCCCCUUCGGCAGCGUUUUUGGCAAUCCUUUUCUGUUGAAUGCCGGCGUUGGCGAUUUAAGUGACGCUGGAUUUGAGAGCUCUAGGUUUUUCUUCUUGGUCCCGUUUUUAUUAUUUCAAGGCGGUGGAAUGGAUUUCUCCAAUGUGGGGGAAAAAUUCCUCAGCUCCGUACGUUCCGCCCGAUCGCUUGGUCUCUUGCCUUCCGUUUCUUCUUCUGACCGCCCCGAGGUUCCUGCCCGAGCUGCAGCAGCAGCUGCUAUUGCUCGUGCCCUUGCAGGAUUGCCUCCUCAUCAGAGAUAUAGUUUUCCCUCGGCUUCCGAAGAACUGAGGUCAAUAUAUGGAAGCAGACCUCAAAGUCAAGUAGUUGAGGAGCUGGAGGAAGACUUCUAUGAAGAGGAGUUUGAUCCAAUAAAACACAUCCUGGAGAAUAUUCCUUCUGAAGAAAUUGAUCUAGAACAUUUUGAGAAACAGGCCACUCUUAGAUUAGCACAACUGGACAUAGUAGCAGAACAGUUAUCCCAUCGUGUCAUGGAGCAUCAUGAAGUAAUGGUGAAGGGUAUGAAUUUGGUCAGGGAAUUGGAGAGAGACUUGAAGGUUGCAAAUAUCAUCUGCAUGAAUGGAAGGAGGCAUCUAACCUCAUCGAUGAAUGAGGUUUCAAGGGACCUUGUUGUGAAUACUGAUUCUAAGAAGAAGCAAGCUCUUAUGGACUUGCUUCUAGUAUUGGCUGAACUUCUUCAUGCACGGGACAUGCAAAUAUCUCUUGAAUCCCUUGUUCAGGAAAAUAAUUACUGCAAGGCAUUUCAAGUACUAUCCGAGUAUCUACAAGUACUUGAUAGUUUCUCAGAGCUCUCAGUUAUACAAGAGAUGAGCAAUGGUGUUGAGUUUUGGCUAGGAAGAGCUCUUCAAAAGCUGGAUUCACUCUUGUUAGGAGUGUGCCAGGAGUUUAAAGAAGAAGGCUAUUUAACUGUGGUUGACGCAUAUGCUUUACUAGGAGAUGUCUCUGGUCUUGCUGAAAAGAUGCAAAGUUUUUUCAUGCAAGAAGUUAUCUCAGAAACUCACUCUGUUUUGAAGAGUAUUGUUCAUGAGGAUCAAGAUGCACAUUUGCAAAAUAGUAGACUCACCUACAGUGAUCUAUGCCUUCAGAUACCUGAAUCUAAGUAUAGGCAGUGUUUAUUAAAAACACUAGCUGUCUUGUUCAAAUUGAUUUGUUCUUAUCAUGAAAUCAUGAGCUUCCAGCUGGAGAAUGAGGCUUUAGAGUGCCCAUCAACAAAUGCCAAAUUGAUGGAAGACAGGACACCAGGUUCAUCUUCCUUAGAGGAGUCUACAAGAUCCACUUCCUCAGCUGAUAUAUCUGAAGGGACCUAUUAUGGAAAUGUAGAAUCCCAUCAACCAGUUUCUGAGGGUAGAAAUGGUGAUGGUGCGACAUCAAGCAGUGGGUCUCCAUGGUAUCAUCUAAGGAAAGAAGCCAUAGCUUUUGUGUCACAAACCCUGCUGAGGGGACGGAAGAAUCUUUGGCAACUUACAACUAGCCGGGUACUAGUACUGCUUUCUUCUUCUGCUGCUUCUACAAGCAUACAUCAAUUUUUGAAAAAUUAUGAAGAUCUUAACACAUUCAUCUUGGCUGGGGAAGCCUUCUGUGGAGUUGAGGUAGUUGAAUUCAGGAAGAAAUUGAAGGGUGUUUGUGAAAACUAUUUUUCAGCAUUUCAUCAGCAAAAUAUAUCUGCACUUAAAAUGGUUUUAGAGAAGGAAACUUGGCUUAUAUUGCCACCGGAGAUGAUGCAAAUAAUUAGUUUUGCUGGUCUAGUAGGUGACGGGGUACCUUUUAUUGUAGCAUCUGAUGGUAACUCCUCUAAGCCUAGGGUACUUCACACUGACAAAUCAGCAAAAAAAAUUGACAGAGUUGCCAAGAAGAGUGGAUUUUCUUCUUGGGUUAGAAAUGGAAAUCCAUUUUUGCUAAAACUAAGUGGUAGUGCCAAAGAAGCUAAUGAUUGCUCCCCGCUUAGUGGAGCAACCUCUGGUGAAUACGAGGGAAAUGUUCAUAAUCUUCUUGUUGAUAUUGUCUCUUCCUGCAAUGGUGAUGUAAACCAUAUCAAUGGCUCCAAUUCUAUAUCAGAAGAGGAAAAUGAGGAUUUACUUGCUGACUUCAUUGAUGAAGAUAGCCAACUCCCUAGUCGAAUAUCACAACCCAACUUUCCAAGAAGUCGCUCUUUGCAUUUCAGUAAUGAUGAGUUUACAGCACAAACUGGAUCAUCUGUUUGUCUUCUAAGGUCAAUGGAUAAAUAUGCAAGGUUGAUGCAGAAACUUGAAAUAGUAAAUGUUGAGUUUUUCAAGGGCAUAUGCCAGUUAUUUGAGAUGUUUUUCUAUUAUUUAUUUGAAGCCUUUGGUCAGCAAAACAUGGGUUCAAGUGGAAAGGCCGACUCUCUUACUUAUCGGUUAAAGAGAGCCUUAUCAAGAAUAACAGUGGAUUGUGAUCAGUGGAUCAAAAGUCCAUCAGGAUCCUUAUCAUCUACAUCUGCACAUGCAGAUGUGACACGUACUGCUCCUCAAAGUUCAAAUUUUGGUCAUGCAGCAGGCGUGUCAUUUGGUCUAAAGGAAAGAUGUGCUGGUGCUGAUACUUUAGCCCUUGUUUCUCGUAUAUUGCAUAGAUCUAGAACUCAUCUCCAAUCAUUGCUGCUUAAGAGUAAUACAGCUAUAGUUGAAGAUUUCUUUGAACUCGUGGUGGAUUCAGUUCCAGAUCUUACAGAACACAUACAUAGGACAACCGCAAGAGUACUGCUCCACAUUAACGGGUAUGUUGAUCGAAUUGCUAAUGCAAAAUGGGAACUGAAAGACCUUGGGAUGGAGCACAAUGGGUAUGUGGAUUUGUUGUUAGGAGAAUUUAAGCACUAUAAAACAAGGCUUGCUCAUGGGGGAAUUCACAAGGAGGUUCAAGACCUUCUCUUGGACUAUGGGCUUGAAAUUGUUGCAGAAACUCUUAUUGAAGGUCUAUCACGAGUGAAAAGAUGUACUGAUGAAGGACGAGCUCUCAUGUCAUUAGACCUUCAGGUUUUAAUCAAUGGCUUGCAACACUUUGUCUCCUUGAAUGUGAAGCCAAAGUUACAGAUCGUUGAAACUUUCAUCAAGGCUUAUUAUCUCCCUGAAACUGAAUAUGUACACUGGGCACGAGCUCAUCCUGAAUUCAGCAAGAAUCAAAUUGUGGGAUUGAUAAACCUUGUUGCUUCAAUGAAAGGUUGGAAAAGAAAAGCCAGGUUGGAAGCGCUAGAAAAGAUUGAAUAAACAGGUACAUAGCCUUGGAAUUACAACUUAAAGUUUCACUUUCAUAAAUUGAUUUUUUUGGUCUUUAUAACAAAUUGAUAUGUAUAUCUAAUAGUUUCUGGAUUCCUGUUUCUUAAAUUGAGUGCAAUUGGGGUUUGUGUAUCUUCAAAAUGUCACUGUUUAUAAUACAAAGAGUAAUGAUGUCUAAUGUAAUCUUGAGUAACACUUUCUGCUAAAUAAUGAGUUUACUUUUAAGUAUGGAAGCUCAAGGAUAUUUUUUCCCUUAAAA